AUGGCUUCAUCAAGUUCACUGUCAAACAGUUCUGUUUCCCAGUUCUUGUCCACCUUAGUCCCCACUCUUGUCAUAUCAGUGGUUUUUGUAUUACUAUUCGUUAUAAUACGUAAGACUCAAAAGAGAGUCUACGAACCACGUGCUGUCGUCAAGUCACUUCCUCAAGAUAUUCAACCAGACACACCGGCAACAGGCUUAUUCAGUUGGUUAACUUCAUUAUUGAAAAGACCAGAAACUUAUAUCAUUCAAUAUACUGGCCCAGAUGGCUAUUUUUUCCUUCGAUUCUUGUUUGAAUUUUGCUGUGUUUGUAUUUUGGGGGCAAUCAUUACUUGGCCAAUCUUGUUUCCAGUAAAUGCUUCCAAUGGUAAUAAUAAUUUAUCUGGAUCAACUGUCAAGGGAUUUGAUAUCUUGUCACUUUCCAAUGUUCGAAACAAAUGGAGAACUUUUGCCCAUGUGUUUUUAUCAUGGAUCCUUUUUGGUGCAGUCAUUUUCCUCAUUUACCGUGAAUUGGUUUAUUACACCACUUUUAGACACGUUUUACAAACAACUCCAUUGUAUGAUUCAUUGUUGAGUUCAAGAACACUUAUGUUGACAGAACUUUCAACAACAAAAUUGACUGACGACACCUUGAGAGGCUAUUUCCCAUCAGCAACAAACAUUUGGUACGGAAGAGAUUAUAAAGAAUUGGAUAAGGAAGUUGAAGAAAGAACCAAGUUGGCCGGCAAGUAUGAAGGCGCACUCAAUAAAGUUUUGACAAAAGCAGUGAAGUUGAAGAACAAGUGCAUCAAGAAACUGAAACCAGUCCCGGAACCAGAAGAUGAUCUUGAUAAAUACUUGAAAGAUGGUAAAAAGAGACCAACCCAUAAGUUAAAGUUUUUGAUUGGUAAAAAGGUUGACACUUUGAAUUAUGGAGCUGAAAGAUUGGGUGAAUUGAACAAGACUGUUGGUAAGAAACAAUCGGAAUAUGCUACAAAUACCCAAUUACCAGCUGUGUUUAUCGAAUUCCCUUCUCAACUUGAGUUGCAAAAAGCCUAUCAAGCUAUCCCUUACAAUAAGGAUUUCAAAGGAACCAAGAGAGUCACUGGUAUUGCCCCAGAUGAUGUUAUCUGGCCCAAUCUUCAAUUAACACCAACAAAACGAAGGAUUCAAGCUAUUCUUGCCAACACUUUUUUGACACUUAUGAUCAUUUUCUGGUGUAUCCCUGUUGCCGUUGUUGGUGCCAUUUCAAAUAUCAACUUUUUAACUGAAAAGGUACACUUUUUAAGAUUUAUCAACAAUAUGCCUAAAGUUAUUUUGGGUGUCAUUACUGGUUUGCUUCCUUCUGUAGCAUUGUCGAUUUUGAUGUCAUUGGUCCCACCCGUUAUCAAAUACAUGGGCAAAAGGUCUGGACGUUUAACAGUUCAGCAGGUUAAUGAAUACUGUCAGUCAUGGUAUUUUGCUUUCCAAGUUGUCAAUGUGUUUUUGGCAGUGGCUUUGGGUUCAUCAGCUGCAUCAGUAGCUCAAGAAAUUGUCAAGAAACCCGCUGAGGCUCUCCAAAAGUUGUCGCAAAGAUUCCCACCUUCAGUUAACUUUUACUUUUCGUACCUCUGUGUACAAGGGUUGACAAUUAGUUCUGGUGUAUUGUUGCAAAUUGUUGCAUUGAUAUUGUCGCAUAUUUUGGGAAGACUCUUGGACAGUACUCCAAGAGCCAAAUGGACUAGAUGGAAUACGUUGGGUCAGCCUGAUUUCUCAACAUUGUACCCUGGUUUCCAAUUGUUAACGGUGAUUGCUCUUGCGUACUCGGUUAUUGCUCCAUUGAUAUUGGGAUUCACAGCAAUUGCUUUUGCUUUGUUUUACUUUGCAUACAUUUAUACAAUGGUGUAUGUUAUGAGGCCAAGUUCAGUUGAUGCCAGAGGAAAGAAUUAUGUCAAGUCGAUGUUUCAGUUGUUUACUGGUCUCUUUUUGGCCCAACUUUGGAUCACUGCUAUCUUUGUGUUUACAAAGAAUUGGGCUUGUGUUGCAUUGGAAGCCGUCAUUAUAGUGGUUACAAUCAUUGCUAGAUUCUGGAUGAAGAGAAAGUUUAUGUCCGUUGUUGAUGCAGUUCCUAUUUCGGCAAUCAAGUACGCUGCUGGAGAUACCACCUAUGCUUACCCAAUGUACGACCAAGGAUACAAGGAGAUACAAACUGAAGGACAAAACUAUUGGGAGGGUGGUAACCAGCUUGGAGUUGUUGGCGGUGAGGUUCAUGAUCAAGUGUUGCCCUACAGAAACCCCGGAGCAGCUUCAGUUGCUGGAACUGGUGCAGGUGCAGGUGCAGCUGUUAAUAACGGUAUUGAUGGUGACUCGUCCUUGGUUGACGCCAAGGUGCCAUUUGACCAUCGUGGAUCAGACUCCUCUGCUGUUGAUACAAGAGUUGGCCAUGCUGAUAAUGAAAAGAGCUAUGCAACAGAACCACACGGUGGCCGAGCUCCAAGUUCGAAUACUGCAGCUGAAGGAGGACCAUUUAAGGAACAAGCUUCUGAUGAUGAUGAUCACGAAAAGGGUCUUGCAGGUGUAGGAAAUGCAGCUAAGGGUGUUGCUGGAGGUGCUCUUGGCGCUCCAGGCAAAGGAGUAUCGUGGUUGAAGAUUUUCUUUGCUCCUAAAUCACAGACCUUUGAUAUGAUUAGAAAUAUCAUGCCUAGUUCGUUCUUUAACUAUGUCGAAUACAACCCAGAGUUUGUAAGACAUGCUUACGACGACCCUGCAGUGACUAAUGAAGAGCCUCACAUUUGGAUAGCUAGAGACCCAAUGGGAUUGUCAGAGAUUGAAAAGAACAAAGCUUUGAAGAAAGGUGUUGAUGUGACAGAUGAGAAUGCAACGUUCGAUGACAAAGGAAAAAUCAUCUUCACUGGUCCACCACCAACUUAUGAAGAAGCCAUCAGAGUAUAG